CCGACUAUACGCACAACAGGUCACGAUCCGUUACCAAUGUACUCAGACAGCAGCGCAUGGUUGUCCGCCUCCCCGUCUUUCCGGCAUUUUGCCAUUGGCUUGAGUGGCUGCUCGGGUCAUUAUGGCUUGUGACUCUAAAGGGCCCGUGCAGGCUGCGGUCCGUGUGGACUGAGGUUGACCCGUGGUGGUGGACUGUUAGUUCCGGCGCAUGUCCUUGUAACCUUGUUCAGCGAUAGCCGUAUAUAGAUCACAACGCAACGAGACCUGCCUCCUAACGUUGUCAAUUGUCCAGGACCCUUCACUAACCCGUUUCUUCAUAUCAUUACAUCAUUUGCAUGCAUGGGUACCAUCUCUCCAGGAUCGCGAUAUGGCUGACGACUCUGAGCCUCAGGACAGCAAACUUUCCACAGCCGCAAACAUCGUCGGCCUCCUCACUUUCACUCUCGCGGCGCUCAAUCUUGUGAUUGUCCGAGUUCUACAAAACGAAAGAAGCAUAGUCAACCAACUUCGGAAAAGGGGGUGGAGGAAUUCUCUCAACGCCUUGGAACAGAAGAUACGUUACAUUCGGCUCUUUAAUCCAUCUUUCGUCGGCUUUGGAAGAGAUCAAAUCCAUGCCGGCCAUGCUUCCGGAGAAAGGUCCGGCCUGGAAGACAAGCAGCCAGAAGAACGGUUAAGCGAAAUUUUCAAGGAUGUUCAGAAUUGCUACGACCAGGGAAAGGUCAACGUCAACGAAACAGAAGCUAUUGAGAACCAUCUCGCCGAACAGAUUAGCCCUGCUGGCUACGCAAGAGCUACGAGACGAUUGAUAUCGCAAUGGGAUGUGGAGGGCUUUUACGAGGCGUCAAUGUCGGUCUGGAGACAACUUUACAAUCGGAGAGAAGCGCGAGAGGCUGCGGGCAAACUGGAGGAAAAUUACCAGGAGUUGUCUUCCAUCGUGGCUGAUGUGGACUCGCACAUCUUGCUUAUACAGGGGCUCAAAAUACUGCAGCUACAAAGCACCAUCGACCGUCAAGCGCAAGCAGUCAGCGAACUGGAGAACGUCAAAAAGAAUCUCGAGGGAACACCACCAGCACCAGCUUCUAAGCCAGGUGGAGGAAGAUCAUCUUCAUCGUCCUAG